AUGAGUGAUUCAAAGGCAAGCAAGGCCCAAAACCUGGCUCGAAUUAGAGACAACCAGCGAAGAUCUCGAGCACGUCGAAAAGAAUACCUCCAGGAAUUAGAGGCCAAAUUGCGCGGCUGCGAGCAGAUGGGCAUCGAAGCGUCUGCUGAGAUUCAGAUCGCGGCCAGGAAGGUCCUCGAGGAGAACAGGAAACUUCGUUUGCUGCUCCAUGAACGAGGCAUUUCGGAAGCCGAAAUCGUUACAGCCAUGGGCUGCCCGAGUCACCAACCCUAUGAGCAUGUUUCCGCUGCGCCUGCUCUCAGUGCAAUGCUUGAGCGGCGAAUUGCAUGCAAUGGUCCUUCCUAUGUCGACUCGCCGAUCAGUACGGCAUCUUCAAUCUCGAAGAUGGGCCAUAAUACCCCAGCGGGCCCUCCACUCUGCAUUCCGGUGCAACGCACGACAGCUCUGAGCAGCAACGAUUCUCCCAGCCCUCAUUCAAUAGUCUCGAGCAUGGACACGCCACCUGACUUUCAAGGCACUCCAUUCUACGGCGUAUCUAUGACGCCAGCUCCCGAGAUCAAAACAGAGGAUAACGCGCCGUACAUCCCCUACGAUCAACCCUUCACCAACUCGUGGACAUAUGCAAACGAUGUGCAGUAUGUUGCGGAUCCUACCAGCUACUACAACAAGUCUUCAUGCGUAGAUGCGGCGAACAUCAUUCGAACAAUGCGCUCCGAUGUUGGCCCGGAACUGGAGGUAGACCUCGGGUGUCGUGCGCCUGGUCAGGACUGCUACGUGAACAACGCGGUCGUCUUCAACAUCAUGGACAAGUACGGGAAUCCACGAGGCGUGUGA